CCCCUCCCCCAACCCAACCCUAGCAGCCAUGGCGUGUGUGCUCCGAGCUCGCGAAAACAACCGUCUCAUCAUCAUGCCUCGCCGAAGAAGGCGGCGUCUGCAGGACCUCUAUCUGCCGGCUUGGGGUAUAAUCCACCAUGAUUGAUUGGCCUGGCUCAAGAGGUGACCCUUCCAUCCAUCUUGCUGUCGGUAUCUUAUCUGAAUUCAGACACACGACGAAUCGUCGGAGAUCGGAUCGUGAAUGGGCUCCUCCGGUCCGUUUGGGGUGCCGGCCCAGCGGCCCCGUUGGAGGCGCUGAUGCCGGAUCCAACUGGACCGACCCAAGGCGCGGCCUCUCACUAGCCAAACAUCAGACUACUCCACCCGAGCCCCUUCCCGCUCAGAGUCGCAACCGACCGCCCGCCCGCCCCCCAUCCGCCCCCAAAUCUCUCCAUUGCUAGGGUUUUCGACCUCCGCCAUCGCGAAUCCUACCUCUCAAUGGCGUUUCCGUCCGCCGAUGGAGGCUCUGAUGCCGGAUCCGGCGAGGGCGUGGCGGGCGCCGACUCCGGUGCCCGCGGCCAUGCUCGAGGGCACCACCCCGGCGAGGGCGCCGACUCCGGUGGCCGCGGCCAUGCUCGAGGGCACCAUCCCGGCGAGGGCGCUCGCGGCGCUGACUCCGGUGGCCGCGCCCAUGCCCGAGGGUACACCAGCGAGGGCGGGACGGGCGCUUACUCCGGUGGCCGCGGCCAUGCCCCAGGACACACCGGCGAGGGAUUCUCUUGGGCCAGGCCGUGGGAAGCACCAGGCCCGAGUCCUGGUCAACCUCUUCGAUGGUUCAGCAGGCUGGCUGUGGCCAUCGGGUUCAGGCCCGACCCCAACAAAAGGCGGGGCUACACCCCAACGCCAACUCAAAUCGUGCCUGUUGACCUCUCACCGACCCAGAUUGAAAGGGCUGAGCUGUAUCAAUUUAAAAAGCAUCUUGAUGACCUUUUGAAAGAGGCAAGGCUUGAGUUGAAGACCCCUGCUGAGUUUGAUAGUAAUAUUUCUGUGACCGUCCUGAAGCCCUGGCAGGGUGUUCUUGUAAAAUCAGCGAUUGCCUUUGCGUCUAUGAGACGACCGGGCGCCGUUCAAAUGCGGUGGAAACUUGGCUUCACUGCUGUUGACGUUUACAUGGAUAAUCAAUCUCUCAAUAGCAAAUAUGUUAGAUUACUUAACGAGUUCACUUUCAAUAUGAAGUCUGUAGUUGAGUAUGCUCGAGACCACAAUGAAAUAACUGAUGAAUGUGCGUUGAGUUGCUAAAUGCGCUGAGGAAGUUCCACACAAAUGUUUCAGAGGUGUUGGCUCGUGAUGACAGUCGUUUUUUGGAGGCAAUGCAACAGCUACGUGAAAAUGUUUCCUCUCUUGGUGAUAAGCUUUUAUCUUUUGGCAGUGCAUUCAGAGUUUUUAAUAGCUUUGCCGAUGUGGCAUAUCGUGUAUCGCAGAUGGGUGGUGACCCUGCCCUUUUUGAUGAUAUUGGCAAGGAAGUUACUGAUAUGACAAGAGACCCGUUUUUGCUAAAGAAUGUUUAUUUGGGCGCAAUGCAGAACUAUUCUGUAACUUUUGGCUCUGAAAUUGUUGGAAAGAACCUGCUCAAGAAGUUACACCUGGGUGUGAGAAAUUCUGAUUUAUCAAUAUGCUUGUCCGCAUCGGAAGUUACACCUGGUCAGGCUGCUGAAGCAAAUGGCGCUGAUGUUAAUCUGUAUAAUCAGCUGAAUUAUGCUGAGUUGCAUGCGGAGAAACUGUUUGCUGAUAACUUCAAAGGAAUGCUUCACAUACCUUACUCCCUUAGAAAAUCUAAACUUGAGUUGCAAAGUCUGCAACCAUUCCAAUCUUUUUCUGGUUGUAUUGGGCUGAACAAGAACAGGAAGCCAUACUUUUCCUCAUCUAGUUUUUGUGGUGUUAAGGAUCUGAAAUUAUAUAAGGUUGAAAGCCUUGGGUUUGGUGGAAAGCUUCACAUAAAUGAUGGGGAUUCUUGGAUCAAUUGUUCUGCUGGUGUAUCUGUCUCAUCCCUGUGGUGCAACCUUGGUCUUACAUUUAAGCAACCAGGCCUCUUCACAGCAACUUGUUCCAGCCGUAUGGGCAAUGGUAGCACUAUUCUUGGCGGUUAUAUCAGUUAUAGCUAUGCGGAGGACCGGACCAAGUUUGCUGCUGGAGUUCAGCAUUCAGUUGAUAGCUCUAUGUAUCUGAAGAGCUGCAUUGGAAGUGACAAAGUUCUCAGAAGUGUUGUCUCCAAGAGCUUCGGCAAAUCCCGUCUCAAUCUUGUAGCUGAAGUUAAUUUCAAGGACUUCCGGAAGCUUUCCCGUGCUGGGAUUUAUUUUUCAUUCCCUUGAGACACUUAACAGGUUUCAAGAGUUGGCACCCUUCAAGAAGUAUAUUUGCUCUUCCAGGUUUCAAGAGUUGGCACCCUUGUUGCUCUUCCAGGUCUCGAAAGUUGGCCUGUCAAACUCACGCCUGAGCAAUUUUGUUCUGUUUUGUGAUGGAUGUACAGCACACAACAACACAAACCCCCCAUGGGUUUUGAGCAUCCUUUUGCUCGUGUAAAGUAACUUGGAUAGAUAUGAUAGAAUCGAUUGCAUACGGUUGCGGGUUUUGAGCAUUGGUUUUGCUCCUGUAAAAAAAGCUUGGAGAGACUAGACAGGUAGAAUUGAUUACCAGUUGGGCGGAGAUACGUUAGAAAGUAUACGUAAUAAUUUGGUGGAUGUCUUUUAGGUCUUUGUACUGUGAUGAUGGAAAUGGAUCUGUUGUUGCAACUUGAUAGAAAUUGAUGUUUCUUGUCUUGGUAUA